UCUCCCUAAAACCUAAAAACCUUAAUUGCCAGGGGCAAAAAGAAGAAGAAGCUAAGAUCCCUUUGGUAGCAUGUGAAACGUUAUCAUGUGGUCAAGAUAGAACUCAGCUUUGCUUAUAAAACAGAGGCAACCAGUGCAGUAAGUGUAAGCAUAAACUCUCUGAGGGAAAGAAGUACAAUAUAGUUAAGAGCAAUUUACUUAUCAGCAACUAGUGCUCAUGGCUACGGGAAAGGGCGAGAAAGUUGACACAAUAGAGAUUCACCUCAGAGCAUUGGCCGACCUUGUAAACGUAAACUCACUGUUCACAGUAGCGGUGUUCGUGGGUUUAUCAUUCGCCAACUCCGAAGUUCAAAGCCUGGAGGUUCGACCAGAAUGCAAUGCAGAUUUCAAGAUGUCCGAGAGACUGGUUGUGUACGAGGCUUUAUCUUCAGUUUCUUCCUUCUGUCAAGCCUCGAUCUUGCCCAAUGAAGCGGACCACACAAAGAAUGCCGCUUUGAGAGGCGCCUUGUGUCUCCAAAGCUUUUUCCAAGGAAACUCACUUGGUUUGGUUGAGUACAAAAGGCUGAAAAAGGCUUCAAAAGUAUCCACUUCCCAAUCUUGGGCAGCCCUGCUAAAGGUUCAUCUCAACAUCUAUGGAAAGGAAGACUUCAAGAAACCCGUUUUGAAGACAUACGGAAGCGUGAUGUUGCUGUUGGCGGCGUGGGGAUCGAUUCUGGGAUGGGUCUUUUUGGUGCUGUCGAUGAUUGAUGUCAUCCAGAUUCGGAUUGGGAAGUUGUCUUGUGGGAGCCGGAGCACGGUCCGCUCAGUGGCGUCUCUGGUUUCGAUUGUUGGGCUUGCUUUCAUAAUCUACGUGCCUGCACUGAUGCAUGCCAAUUUUGUUUCUAUGACUCUUGAAUCUGCUUGAACUUGAAGAAGACUAAUGCGCAAAUUCUGUUCUUAUUUUUCUUCCCUUACAUAAAUUAGUAAGCUAUGGCAACAACUUGUCAAUGACGUUAAAAGAAAUUGGAACUUGUGAUAAGGUCGGGUUCCCUUUGGUUAGCCACUCCCCUUGUUCUUACCAUCGACUUUCAACUUUGUAUUUACUUUUCGAUACAUUAAAAUGAAAAA